CUGUAUGCUAUAGCCGGUGGCGGCAGUGGCGAGUGGCCCUCGUGGUAGAUACGUAAACAUGUGGCAUCUCUGAAAGAAUCGAUAGGUUAGAAACGCGGAAAUACUUCUUAAACGCGUACGAUUUUAAUAGAAAUUUUUACAAGAUGAAGAUUAAAGCUUUGCGAAAAAAUCCUCUGAGUCGCCCGAGAGAAGAGAAUGACGUGGCGAACGAUCAACCGAGCACUUCGACGGAUCAGGCUUCGGAGGUUCUGCUGCCGUCUGACAGUAACUUCAAUCACAUCAAAUGCAAAGCGCUGAGAUAUCAGAAAUGCCAGGAAUUGAUGAAGGAACGAGCGAAGGCAAAGAAAGCAGCGAAAAAGGCGAGGAUACAGGCGGGCGCUCCGAAACAGAUGCCGCAUACUCUAGAGAGUUUGCGAGAGAAGGAUGAGACUACGGUAGUGGGUGAUCUGGAUGAUGAGGCGAAUGAGGAGCUGAAAUUUGAUCUGGAGCACGAUGAAUUCGCUGCCUACUACAAGCAGGAGUAUGAGCCUAAGGUCCUCAUUACAUACGCCGAUAAUCCAAACAGGAAAACUAGAAUUUUUGGCAGAGAACUCACCCGAAUGGUACCCAAUUCUAUUUCGCUGUAUCGAAAUCGCUCUGGCGUUAAGAAAAUGGUCAAGAGUGCUAUUGCCAGAAACUUUACGGAUAUAAUAAUCGUUAAUGAGGAUCAAUGCAAACCAAAUGGAAUGUUGGUCGUUCACUUGCCAGAUGGGCCUACUGCACAUUUCAAGAUCAGCAAUGUUAAAAUAACGACAGAUUUGAAACGUAGCCAUAAGGAGAUCACAGAACACAGGCCAGAAGUUAUUCUCAAUAACUUUACCACACGCUUGGGUUUCACUGUCGGCAGAAUGCUGGGAGCAUUGUUUCAUUAUCAGCCAGAAUUUAAAGGAAGGAGAGUGGUGACAUUUCACAAUCAAAGAGAUUAUAUAUUUUUUAGACAUCAUAGGUACGAAUUUAAUCUCAAGAAUGGAAAACCGAGAUUGCGAGAAUUAGGUCCACGGUUUACUUUGAAAUUAAGAUCAUUACAGCAUGGUACAUUCGACAGUAAAUAUGGCGAUUACGAGUGGAUUAUACAAGGCCGUAGACAUGAGAUGGAGACAAGCAGAAGAAAAUUCUUUUUGUGAGUAAUAUGUAUUAGAAUUAUGACAGGGAAAGAAUUCGUUGAAAAGAAAAUUAUAUAAUCAUGAUUAUAUGCUAAAUACGUAAAUAAACUAUUAAUUUCUUCGUA